AUGGGGCCCCCGCAGGCUUCUCCUCAGCCACAGAAGAAGUGGCACAACCCCACAACGUCGUCCCGUGGGAAUGAAGGCGCAGAGACAGGAAGACCAGUUGAAUUUUCAGAAGUUGAUUACCCACGAGUUAAAUAUCAAAGAAGACAGCAAUUUUGGGACCCUAUAAGACUAGCUCUUUUCACAUUGGCAAUUGUAGCAAUUAUAGGAAUUGCAAUUGGUAUUGUUACUCAUUUUGUUGUUAAGGAUGAUAAGUCAUUCUAUUACUUUGCCUCUUUUAAAAUCACAAAUAUAAAAUAUAAAGAAAAGUAUGGAAUAAGAAACUCAAGAGAGUUUACAGAAAGAAGUCAUCAGAUUGAGAGAAUGAUAUCUAGGAUAUUUCAACAUUCUUCUGGAAGGGGUCGGUUUAUCAAAUCUCAUGUUACCAAAUUAAGUCCAGAUAAAAAUGGUGUGAAUGUUCUUAUGGUGCUCAUGUUUCGAUACCCAUCUACUGACAGUGCUGAGCGAAUCAAGAAAAAGGUUGAAAUGAUUUUAUAUCAAAGUCUGAAGACAAAACAGUUGUCUUUGACUAUAAACAAACCAUCAUUUACACUCACAUCUAUUGACAGCAAAAAGAUGAGGAAUCUUCUCAACAGCCGCUGUGGAAUAAGGAUGACAUCUUCAAAUAUGCUGUUACCAGCAUCCUCUUCUACUGAGAGGAUUGUCCAAGGAAGGGAAACAGCUAUGGAAGGGGAGUGGCCAUGGCAGGCCAGCCUCCAGCUCAUAGGGUCAGGCCAUCAGUGCGGAGCCAGCCUCAUCAGCAACACGUGGCUGCUCACAGCAGCUCACUGCUUCCGCAAAAAUAAAGACCCAAGACAAUGGAUUGCUACUUUUGGUACAACUAUAACACCACCUGCAAUGAAACGAAGUGUGGAGAAAAUUAUCCUUCAUGAAAAAUACCAUAAAGAAACAAACGAAAAUGACAUUGCUUUAGUUCAGCUCACUACCCAAAUUAAGUUUUCAAAUGUAGUUCAGAGAGUUUGCCUCCCAGAUUCAUCUAUAAAGUUGCCACCUAAAACAAGUGUAUUUGUCACAGGAUUUGGAUCUGUUACAGAUGAUGGACCUAUACAAAAUAAACUUCGGCAAGCCAGAGUAGAAACCAUAAGCACUGAUGUGUGUAACAGAACAGAUGUGUAUGACGGCCUCAUAACUCCAGGAAUGUUAUGUGCUGGCUUCAUGGACGGAAAAGUAGACGCAUGUAAGGGUGAUUCUGGUGGACCUCUGGUUUAUGAUAAUCAUGACAUUUGGUACCUUGUUGGGAUAGUAAGUUGGGGACAAUCAUGUGGUCUUCCCAAAAAACCUGGGGUCUACACAAGAGUAACUCAGUACCGAGACUGGAUUGCCUCAAAGACUGGUAUCUAG